CAGUCUGCAGUGUUGUCGUCGCUACGCCGAAUUAUGGCAUAAUUAUUAGUUACAAGUGCAAUUUGUUUAAUUCUUUCAACUACUUAAUUUUUACUUAUGUAAAAAAUCAGUGGAAAUAUUGUGAAAAUGGAAGGAAUAAUAGCGCAUAGAGUGACUCCUUUGCUAAAAUGCGUAGUGUUGUUUCUCUUCAUAUUCACUGCCAAAGUGCUCACAACCAAACCUCAAGAGACUGGAGACACCAGAAAUGACAUUCAACCCUUAAAAACAUCUCACUAUGUACGAACAUUUACAAAAUAUCACCACAGAAGAACUAAUCAGUGGAAUAAUCCUGAACUGUGGACUGAUGACCAGCCUAGGGUAAUUCAAAAAAGGAAUGCCAUUCCAGACACGAAUUUUAUUGGACAGGAAAGUAAAAAUGGCUUUUCAAAUGAUUAUUCUGUUGAAAAAGAUGCAAUUAAUAUAAAUAAAGGGGAUAAAGGCACAAAAACUCAUGAGAAAAAUAGUUUAUCUAAUGAAUCUAAGAAAACUAAAAUUAAACCUGCAUUUAUACCUACUGAUCCCCCAAAAAUUGUGACUUCCACUAUAUCUUGUUUGUACCAAACACGUAAUGUGGCAUUGAGUGCUACGCCAUCUUAUGAAGAAGAUGAAAAUGCUCAAUUUAUGAUUGAGAAUGAUAACUACGAUCGUGGCUUAAUAAUAAACACAACAUUACAAGAUGGAGAGAAAGUGCAAGUGGAGCAAUGCAAAGGACCAAACUCAUACUGCUAUACUCUGUGGCAUGAAGAUGACAAUAAUACCAUCUCAGUUCUCGGACAAGGUUGCUGGCGUUCAACCGGCGGCGAGAGCUGUGAUGACAAAUGUACUCGCACCCCACAACUGCCGGGCACCUUGUUCUGCUGUUGCUCUACUAUGUAUUGCAACCAGCAUUUUAGUAAAGCAACUCUACAAGAAGAAACAGUAACACAAAAAGCAGAGUCCACGAUGAACACAGAGCCCUUAUUGGACUAUAGUCACUACGUAGCUUGGGGAGUGCUUAUCCUUCUCGCCAUACUCGGGAUGGGAGCUGUCAUACAUACGAUGCAUUGUCGCAAGAGACGAUUGCUCGAUGAACGUAAUGAACUGGAAAAAGGUGAUGUGAUGGGCAGUGGUCCCGACGCUUUGGCUACAGGAUUGCUUUGUGUCGACAACCUAACUCUUAUCGAACAUAUUGGCCAAGGUAAAUUCGGGUCAGUAUGGCGCGGUAGUCUUGGUUCGACUCCUGUUGCAGUCAAGUUGUACUCUAACGUGGGUGCAUGGCAGAAGGAAGCUUCUAUCUACGCUUUACCGCAUUUGGCGCAUCCUAACAUCCUUAGAUAUUACGGAAGCGACUCGCGCUGCACGCUAGAGGGCGCGCGCGAGCCCCUGAUCGUGGUGGAGCUGUGCGCGAUGCCGUUGCGCGCGCGCCUGCAGCAGGCGCCGCUGGCCUGGCCGCUCUUCGCGCAGCUGGCGCACGGGCUGGCCUCGGCGCUGGCGCACCUGCACACGCCCAGUGGUAGCAAACCGUGUAUAGUACACCGCGACGUGAACAGCAAUAACGUGCUGGUGUGCGGCGGCGGUGCGCGCUUGGCCGACCUUGGACUGGCACAGGCGCUGCCGCAACGAAGACACGCGCACGGCCACCAACCCGCCACGACCAGGAUCGCAGAGGCUGGCACGCUGCGGUACCUGGCGCCUGAAGCGCUGGAAGGCGCCUUGGAUCUAAGCGAGGCCCGUGCCGCGCUGUGUGCCGUGGACGUGUUCGCGCUGGGGCUGGUGCUGUGGGAGAUGCUGUGGCGCUGCAGCGGCGCCCACGCCGGGCCCGUGCCGCCCUACGCGCCGCCCUACCUGCACCAUGGCCUGCCGCCCAGGCCUACAUUGGCGCAAAUGCAGAGCCUGGUGUCACGCAACAAGGCGCGGCCGCCGCUGCCGCCGGGCCCGGUGGCGGAGGCGCGCGCGCUGAAGGUGGCCAGCGACACGUGCGACGAGUGCUGGGACCACGACGCCGAGGCGCGCCUCACGGCCGUCUGCGUCGAGGAGCGCAUGGCCGAGCUCAAGCUCAUGCUGCAGCACCAGCCGCUGCGCCACGACAACAACCUGCACCCGCACCCGCCGGACACCGGCGUAUCACCACCAGAAAUGGACAAGAACUCCAAUUGUACCGCAACCCAGUGCGAUGUCACCACACCCCUCCUUUACCCGCAGCCUCACAUAGGUCGAAACGCUUGUAUCGAACGUAAUACACACACAAACGCUCACUCGCAGACAGUCGAGCUUAUACAUAAAAGCUUAAAGGACAUAACGUCGCCCCCUGAGGGACCCCGAGUGCUAAACGUUGAAGAAAACUGCCUAUCAGUCGCUAGAGUUAGUAACACGCGUCCCGUUAUGUUCGAAUUUGAGAAUUCUGACCGUUUAAAUGAAAUAAGAUCAUAUCAAAGACCUUUGGAAUAUGUUCCAAACGAUGUUAGCUCGUGUGAACAAGAUCGAAAGCCUAAGCAAACAAAUUUGUUACAUGAUGUCAAAAUCGAAAAACCUAAAUGGGGUAUAAGACGGUUUUUUGAAAAGAAAUUGAACAAGAGUUCAAAAGUUUUGGAAACAGAAGUGAAAUUAGUACCAGAAGUUCAAAAUGGGAGAACUAAAACUUCCAUUGUGACCGAAAAAGGUACUGAUAGACCAAGUAAUUUGAUUCUUGAAGAGAGGGGCUAUAAUUUUGAAGUACCUUGUACUUUAUCACCUCCAAAUAGAACUUUAUCUCCUACAAUGUUAAUGGAAUCAGAUAUGAAUAGAGAGAACAGAGUAUUUGGUUUCAAAGAACUCCCUUCAAGGGAUGACAAUGAACUUAAAAAUCAAAAUCAGAUUUUCGCCGUCAUUGUUCCUAAAGCGAAACCUGCCGAUUUCGGUCUCAUAGAAAUGCGCAACAAGAAUGACAGUUCUGACAGUGUUAAAAACUCAGUACAUACAUCGAAGUCAUCGCAGAGUAUUUUCAAAUCAGGCCAUUCAGAAUCUGAGGACUCGACAGGGAAAAAACGUUUAAGUUGUGAUAACAGAAUUACAAACAGCGGUCGGUCAUCUAGAGCUAGUAUAAAUUUAGAAUUACAAUACAUUGAUAAUAACCCAACAGAGAAUUUUGCCGAAAGUCCAUUUGAUUUGAAUUCAGAUUGUUCAAGCAGUGAGGAUGAACAUUUGAUGCUAUUAUCUGAAAAUGGAGGAUCCAAAAUUACAAUGCAAACAAUACCAAAGCCAGAGGAAAAGAAAAAGUACCAAAACGAAGUCUUAAAAGACGCAAGCCAUCGCACCGAUAUAGGUUUUAACAAAAUAAACAAAUAUACCAACCUGGAUAACGAAUUUAGCGAUCCCAACGACAAAGAAAACUUAGUUAAUGGUUAUAGUGGUGAUAACCCAGUAUACCUAGCGGCUUUGAAAGGUGAAAUUGAUACUUCAGACUUAAAAUUGAUGCAAGAUAACGGAAGUCCUAAAUCACCAAAACCGGCGUUGAAAAACUUAGCUAUAAAACGGCAACAUUCUUUAGAACAGGUUAGUGAGAUAUUUUCGUCUUCAGGCGAAAUCAAUUUACAAAACCCUGCUGGCAGGGUAAAAACUCCAGGUGAUUUACCAAUAGCCAUACGUAGGGCACGUAGAGAUAGAGCGUUACAGAAAGGUAGAACAAAUGAAUGCAAUAGAUUAAGCCUGUAUGAUGAUAGAAUGAUGUUCGGUAAUAGUUUGUAAUUUUUAGUAUUUUAAAUAAUUGUAACGUUCACUUUUCGUAAUUGUAUUUUGUAUUCUUUGAGGGUAGUGUGGUUGGUUUUUAACAGACUUCAAAAAAGGAGGAGGUUUUGAAUUCGACUGUUUUUUUAUAUGUUACGCAAUUACUCUGACAUUAAUCGCACCACUCAUGGAAGAAUGGCGUAAGUGAAGUUA